AUACACCGCUGUUCAUGUCUAAUCAACAAACGAAAAUCACCGAUUCUUUUUAACCUUGUCCCCUUGUCUGAUGAAAAAUUUGUUAAAAUGUGAAAAAUGUGAAUUCGCACGGCCACUGACUCGAACUCACACAAUCCUGCUUGUAAUGUACAUACGGAACAGCUGAUCGGCAACUCGAAUAAUUUCCUCUUAGGUUAGCAGAGUUUCAUCAGACUGAUCCAAGCUGAUCUGCCGCAAUAAGAUACAUAACCUGUCUCGGGAAGUUUCUGUACAGUGUACCGACGAAUAUAAAACGUUUAUGCGAAUCGUGAGCAGGAACUGGGAACGAUGCGUUUGGUGACAGCGGUGAAUUUCAAGAUGUUGCCCGUUUUUCGACACCGUGUGACGAUCGUUCGAUCAUUCUGCAGAAAUCACCGGCCGGAUUCCAAUGAGUUGUCGGUGUAUGUUCGGCCACAAUUCCGGAGAAUAAAACUUAACGAAUAUCAUGGAACGUUCACCAGAAAUAUCCACAGCCAUCGACAGACCGCUGCUAUUAUGUCGAUCAGGUCAUUUGCCACAAAACGGCCCACUGAUAAAGAUUCUAAUAAUGGAAACGCUGAAGACGAAAUGGGAGAUCCAGCUUCGCUACCAGCCACAGUGGUAGUGCCAGAAGUAUGGCCUCACGUUCCUGUAAUAGCCAUUAAUAGAAACCCAGUAUUUCCAAGAUUUAUAAAAUUAAUAGAACUUAGUAAUCCAAUUCUCAUGGAUCUCAUUCGUAGAAAAGUGAAGCUGAAUCAACCCUAUGUUGGAAUAUUUUUAAAGAAGUCCGAAGAAAACGAAUCAGAGAUUGUACAAAAUUUAGAUGAUGUUUUCCCUGUUGGAACAUUUGCACAAAUACACGAAGUACAAGAUUUAGGAAAUCGUUUAAGAUUAGUUGUAAUGGCGCAUAGAAGGAUUAGAAUUGUUGGCCAGAUUUUAGAAGAUCUUCCGAGACCUCAACAAGAGAUGAAACUGACGUUUCCUCUAUUAAACACAACAAUUCGCGUCCCUGUAGACGAUUCCGUUUCUGGUGGCAAAACGAGUCGUAGGGCGCUUAUUCGUAAGAAACUGGAAAACAAAAUCCCAGAACCGGAAAGGGUACAAAAAAUUGAGGAAAUCCCCCCUGAAAAUAAAGUACCGGAAGAAGCACAAGAAAGACCAGAGGAAAGACCUAAUCCUCCAGUUAAUCCUUUGGCUACUCCUUCAGUUAAUCCCUCAGUUAAUCCUCCGACAGAUUCCACAACUCAGUCCAGUACCCAGCCUUUGUUAAUGGUAGAAGUUGUAAAUAUUACCCAUGAGAAAUUUAGACAAACCGAAGAAAUCAAAGCGUUGACACAAGAGUUGAUCAAAACAAUUCGUGACAUUAUAAGCAUGAAUCCAUUAUACCGCGAGUCCUUGCAACAAAUGUUGCAUCAAGGACAGAGAGUCGUAGAUAAUCCAGUUUACUUAAGUGAUCUGGGCGCUGCUUUGACAGGAGCAGAUGCACAAGAAUUGCAGCAAGUGUUAGAGGAAAUGGACAUCUCGAAAAGAUUAAGAUUAUCGCUAGCACUAUUAAAAAAAGAAUACGAAUUAAGUAAAUUGCAACAAAAGAUUGGGAAGGAAGUUGAAGAAAAAGUGAAACAGCAGCACAGGAAGUACAUCCUUCAUGAACAAUUAAAAGUUAUCAAAAAGGAGUUGGGUUUGGAGAAAGACGACAAGGAUGCCAUAGGAGAAAAAUACAGGGAACGUAUCAGGCAAAAGACAGUUCCCAAAACAGUGAUGGAUGUGUUGGAGGAAGAAUUAAAUAAACUAAAUUUCUUAGAGAGUCACAGUAGUGAAUUUAAUGUGACGAGAAAUUAUUUGGAUUGGCUUACAUCCAUGCCAUGGGGUGUAACUAGCCAAGAGAAUUUGAAUCUUCAACAGGCAAUCGAAAUUUUAGACAAAGAUCAUUAUGGAAUGGAAGAUAUAAAAAAGAGAAUCUUAGAAUUCAUCGCUGUCAGUCAAUUGAAAGGAUCGACGCAAGGGAAAAUACUAUGCUUCCAUGGGCCACCGGGUGUUGGAAAAACGUCCAUAGCUAGAUCCAUUUCUCGCGCGCUCAAUCGAGAAUAUUUUAGAUUUAGCGUUGGUGGAAUGACGGAUGUUGCAGAAAUCAAAGGUCAUAGGAGAACUUACGUGGGUGCGAUGCCUGGCAAAGUUAUCCAAUGUUUAAAAAAGACCAAGACCGAAAAUCCUCUCGUUCUUAUCGAUGAAGUCGAUAAAAUUGGAAAGGGGCAUCAAGGUGAUCCCGCUUCCGCUCUUUUGGAGAUGUUAGACCCAGAGCAAAAUGCAAAUUUCUUGGAUCAUUAUCUAGAUGUAGCUGUAGAUUUAUCUAAAGUACUCUUCAUUUGUACCGCAAACGUUACCGACACUAUCCCAGAACCUCUCAGAGAUCGUAUGGAGAUGAUAGAUAUGUCAGGCUACGUCGCAGAGGAAAAACUAGCAAUCGCUAAACAAUAUUUAGUACCACAAGCCAUGAGCGACUCUGGUCUGACGAAUGGACAGAUUGCUAUAAACGAUGACGCACUCAAUUUAUUAAUUAAAUCUUACUGUCGAGAAUCAGGCGUCAGAAGCCUGCAGAAACACAUAGAGAAAGUCCAUCGAAAAGUGGCGUUCAAAGUAGUUAAGAAGGAAGCGGACAAAAUCGACGUAAACGUCGCCAAUUUACACGAGUUUGUAGGAAAACCUGUAUUCACACACGACAGACUGUAUGACGUCACUCCUCCUGGCGUGGUCAUGGGUCUCGCGUGGACAGCCAUGGGUGGCUCUACUCUUUUCAUCGAGACGAGAUUGAGCAAGCCUCUGGGCACGAAAAAAUUGGAAGGUAGUCUUGAAGUCACCGGCCAUUUGGGCGACGUGAUGAAGGAAUCGAUUCGCAUUGCGAUGACAGUCGCCAGAAGCUAUUUUUCUCAGAUAGAUCCAUCGAACAGUUUUCUUUACGAUGCCCAUCUGCAUUUACACGUGCCCGAGGGUGCCACUCCUAAGGAUGGUCCGAGUGCUGGUAUCACUAUCGCGAUUGCGUUGAUUUCGCUUGCCAAGAACCAACCAAUCAGGCAAAACGUUGCGAUGACGGGCGAGCUUAGUCUUAUGGGUAGAAUCCUCCCUGUCGGUGGUAUCAAGGAAAAAAUAAUUGCCGCCAAACGCGUCGGCGUGAACUGCGUGAUUCUACCCGAGGAGAAUAAAAAGGAUUACAACGAUCUCCCUAAAUACAUCACGAAUGGCCUUGAGGUUCACUUUGCCACGACCUUCGACGAUGUGUACCGCAUAUGUUUCGCGACGCAACCACAAACUACCACUAGCACUACCACUCAGGCACAGGAGAGACCUUAUAACAUUGAUAUUACAACCCCACAGACGGCACCGCUUUUGGGUAAAAAUAUGAACUGAGUUACUCGAAUCACCAAGUACUUAUACAUUCUAGUAAUUAAGUUAAAACUCGAAAAGUCGAAAGAUUUAUUUUGUCAUUUAGUAUUUCAUAUGCGUAUAACUUCAAAUUUAGAAAAGGAAAUGCAAAUUUUUUAUAUAGUUUCACUCACCAAAUUUCAAUUCCAUUAGUGAACCAUUCAUUUUUUACAUAAUAUAAAUUGAAACGAUAUCAAGGAAGAAAGUUUAGAUUUUUGCUACUAUCGUAAUGCAUCAAUCUCUUUUUUAUGAACAUUUUAUUAAAAAAACAUUGUAAAUACGAAAUAUUCUAUGUUAUUAUCACAUAUGGCUGUAAUUGAACAUUAAUAAUAAUAACAGAAAUAACGUUUAUAAUACCAUGUAAAUAAGACUUGUUUGUUGUGUGCAGAUCUUAUUUCUGCUAUAGUACAGUGUUGUUUAUUACGCAAUUUAUGUACAUAAUUCAAGAAGAGUAAAAAAAAAGAGGAUGAAAUAUUCAUGACUAAUAAAAAGAAUAUUUUCUACAAAUGCUGUACUUGCUAAUACAUCCUUUCUAAAACCUAGAAAAGGACAUAAUCUUCCUUAAACUAUCUUAAACAAACUGUUAUUUUGCAAAUACUGUGUCAAACGAACUAUUGUACAAUUUGUCAAUUAAAAUAAAUCUAAUUGUACUAAAUCGCAUAA